AUGUAUUAAUAAAACAUCUUUGAUGAAAUAAGCCUUAAAAUAAAAUAGAGAAAAUAAACUUUAAGUUAAAUAAGGGAAGUGUUAAUGCAUGAUAAAUAUUUUGAGGAUGCAGUGUCUAUUUCAAAGAAUGUUGAUAUAUUAAUAUCAAGAGGGAAAAUAGAUGUUGAUUUAUUUUUGAAGAAGAUUAUAAUAUUUGGAAUGCUUAUUAGUAUAAAUUAAUGAAAAUAAGAGCUUAAUCACUUGAAAUAAGAAAUAAUUAAGAUAAAAUUAAUGCGAUUAUGGAUUAUUGUAAAAUGUUAAGAGAUGCAAAUUUAAUGAAAUUAACUUAGAAGGAAGAGAUAAAAGCAAUAAUUUAAUAAGGGCUUCCAGAUGUUCGAUUAAAACUCUUAAAUGAUAUGCAAUUAAUAUAUAAUGGAAUGAUAUUUCCUUAAAAUCUUAGUUUUAAGAGUGUUACAAAUAAAAUAUGUCUAAUAAUUGAUAUUAUUUACAAUUCAUUUGCUGGUAAAUAAAUUUAUAAACUUAGAUUCUAUAUAUUUGGGUUCUGAUUUUCUGGAUAAAAUGGAUAAGAGUGAUUAAAUUUUGAAUAAUUUAGUGAUUAAUCCAAUUUAGAAUUAUAUUGAAUAACUUGUGAAUAUACAGUUUGAAGAAGAAACAGUAUGAAUAAUAUAUAUUUUUAGAAACAUUUACUGAGUUUAAAUGGGAUUUGUGUUAACAUUGAUUUAGAUUAGUGA